GCCAGCUCUAGCUUGACUGGAGGGUUUUCUCUCCCUGGUGCUGCAUUUGCAUUCUAACACUCAUGUGGUAACAUCCAGCAUUGCUUGGCUGCCCCUGCACACUGGCCUGAUUCCAGGGAUUUGACGUAGACAGGACACAGGCAGACAGACAGAGAGACAGCGUGCAUCUGAGUUUUGAAGUCGGAGGGAAAAACAGAGGAAGGAAAAAAAGAAGCAGGUGUGAGAGACCGGAUUGAAAAGUGGGUCUAGAAGAACCGGUGGUUAAAGAAAGUUUCAUAAGCUAACUGUACACGGCAAGUCCGGCAACAUGGCAGCCAUGGAAGCACUGGAAUCCUCAAGUGCCCAACUGGAGCCUCAUUCCCUCACUGAGAUCUCGGAUGACGAGGUCAACCUCCCACAUUCAGAUGAUGAAGACGAUGCAGUUGCAGCGGUCAAGAAAGAGCUGGCCUCCGUGGAAACGGAAGGGGACGCUGCCGAAGACAAGGAUGAGGCAGCCAAUGCGGACACCCAGGUGAACGGGGUCAUGGUGCUGUCUUUGCUGGACAAGAUCAUCGGGGCCGUGGACCAGAUCCAGCAGACCCAGAGCGGCCUUGAGGCCAGGCAGCAAGAGAUGGAGCGUUCGGUAACCAGCAUCCAGGGAGAGUUGACCAAACUGUCCAAGAGCCACAGCACCACGUCCAACAGUGUCAAUAAGAUGAUGGAGAAGGUGCGCAAGGUCAGCGUCAAUGUGAAGACGGUGCGGGCCAACCUGGAGAAGCAAGGUGGCCAAAUCAAGAAGCUGGAGAACAACGAGGCUGAGCUGCUCAAGAGACGCAACUUCAAAGUCAUGAUCUAUCAGGAUGAAACGAAGGUUCCCUCAAGGCUCAGUAUCUCUAAAUCCAUGAAGGUCUCUGAGUCUGCGGCAGGCAGUAGAAAAGGCAGCGUGCUGGAAGGUGUGGAAGAACACGUACUGGAGGAAGGAGAAGAAGGCGAGAAAGCAGAAAAACCCCAUGUAGACCUCUCAUCAGACGAGGAGGGAGUGGAGAUCGAGGACAUCCUUGAGGAGACUCGCGCUGAGCGCAUCAAGCGAAGCAGCCUGCAGCGCGUACAGAACCUGAAGACCGUUUUCUCGAAGGAGAAGAUGGAUAAGACCAAGGCAAAGACCAAGGAGAACCUGGAGAGGACCAAACAAAAAACCAAGGACAACCUGGAGAAGACAAGGCAGAGGACAAGAGAUAACCUGGAAAAAACCAAGCAAAAAACCAAGGAGAAUAUAGAAAAAGCCCAGCAGAAAACUAAGGCUAACCUGGAGAAGACACGUCACAGUUUAGAGAAGAAGAUGUCAAAGAUUGGAACACGCAUGGCUGUCAACCCGGAGCGCAAGCAAAAGAUCACGACAUCCCGUGAGAAGGUGAAGAAGUCCUUUACACCAGACCACGUUGUUUACGCCCGGUCCAAGACUGCUGUCUACAAGGUGCCGCCCUUCACCUUCCACGUCAAGAAAGUCAGAGAGGGCGCCGUUGAGGUUGUACAAGGCACUGAGAUGGUGGAAGUGUCCCAGGAUGCUGAGCACUUCAGCGAGAUCGAUGAGGCCAUCGAGAAGGGAAUAGAGGAGGUUGAGAUGGAGAUGAUGAAUGGAGGAGGGGAUGACGAAGAGGCAGAGGACGACGAAGACGAGGACACCCACGAUGCCCUGCACGAGCAUGAGCACGAGCAUGAGCACGAUGACAGAGACAGUGAUUAGAGAUAGAAUGAGGAAUUUGCCAAAAGCCUAACGAAAUCCUUUGCGACAACCCUGAGUGUUCUGUAAGAACUGAUCGCUACAGCUUGGAUCCUACUUCUAUUAUUCUGGCCACCAUUCCUAUCAGUUAUAAUAAUAAUUUGUAUUCACCAGUAUAGCUGUCAAAAAUCUGGAGGCAUGGCAAUGUUGCUGCAGAUUCAUCAAGGACAGGCGAUGAAUAAGCCAAUACUUCAUCCAGAUUUAGUUCAGAAGAUGUAGAAGAUCACUAAAAUUGAAAGAAGAGGAAAAAGCAGACCUGAUAUAAUUAAGAGAUCACCAGGUGGAGACACCAUCAUUGUGAGAAGGUUUAAUUUGUCAUCAUCAUUUUCCAUCAACACUACACUACACUUAUCACUUACAUAUGGUGGAAUGAGUAUAAGGAAAUGACUCGUCUCCCAACAGCUGACAUUAAGGUCGGUUUGCUAGAACACCAAUGGCCAAAUUAUUCAUAAAUACAUUGAGAUUUUCCAGAAGUACUUCACAUUACAUACCAGACAUACAAGUACCCUUUCACUCCCUGCUUUGUUAUCUUACUCUGUUUAAUUUACCCAUUAUUUGGAGGUAAAUCUUUGUCAUUUCAAAGGUUUUUAUGAGCUCACAGUUUAAAUGUGUGUGUAAAAUGUUCUAUGUAAUCACACUUCACACUAUGCUGAUGUCAUCUCUUUUCCAUCGCUGACAGAAUGUAAUCCUCAUCACUGUCUUUUCAAAACAUGUAUUUUCACGCAGAGCUCUUUUUGUAGUAUUUUACCACCAGUGUUCCCAAAGUAUACCCUGCGCCAAGGUCUGUUGCAUUUCACUCAUCAGUGGUUACAAAAAACUGACAUUGCUAAAUCCAAAUACCCUGUCUAUUCACAGAAUAAAAGUGUUUUGUUGCUGUGGUCUGACACUGACCCCUAGUGUUCAGCCAUUUUACUUUUUUACCAACUGUUGUCUCUCACAUCCACCAUGUCAUUUCAGUAUUUCCACAUAAUAUGGUGCACAUGUGUUUCUAUGUAACAAGAUGUAAAAAGGUGUUUUAUUCUGAGAAUGCUUUGCAAGACUGAAAUUGAGAAUUAAUGUUCUGCUCUGACUGCAUUUCUUCAAGCAUAUUAAAGGUUAGCGGAGGCUGGAGCCUUUCUAUGCAUUCUUUGCGCUGAACCUUGUAUAGCUGUCCAUCAAAAAAGGCUAACACGUCAGUCUCACGCAUAUGAGAGAAUAUAUAGUUUUACAUAAAUGUCCCAUGUUGCCAUAUUUGUUUAGCUUCCAGCUCAGAUAAAAGAGCAAUUGUAUUUGUGUUACUUUUUGUAUAUAAUGUGAAUCACAGCCAAUGCCGAUCACAAUGCAUACUGAUUCUUACUUACCAGAGAGCCUCUUGCCUUCUGUUGCCAGCACUUCUUCAGCAUUUUAGUAAAGCUUCUUGGGCCAAAAUCAUUUUUGAUAUUUGCACAGAUUUCCCACAGUGCAGGAAUAUACCUAUUAAAUAUUCUAGCUUUUUUUUUUUGCAGUGCAGACGUGGUUUCAGGCUCAGUCCUAAAAAAAAGUGAAUUAACAAUGCCAUGUCUGUCAAGGCAGGAACAACAUGCAGCCAAAGUGUAGAUCAAAUGUAACCGUUUCCUCACUUUUGUUUUGUCAUUAACAGACUCUUUUAAAAAACAUUUCAUGUUAAUUUCUUAACCACUAAUGAUUGAAUUAAUAAAAAAAUAUUUGCUUCACA